GAAACCGGAAACGCUCUCUUUCUGCUUUGCUACUUCCUUCCUUCUUCUCUCUCCAAUCUCUCUCCCUCUCUCUGCGUCUCAACUUCACAUAGGGUGAAAGAGACACAGUUUCGGCCAGUAAUCGCGGGUUAAAUUUUCAGUUUUGCUUUCGGAUUCUUAGUUCUUCUUAAGCAAUGUCAGCGACACCGUCCCCGGGAGCUGCUCCGGCGCCCACGUCGCCGCCAGCGCCGGCAUCCAACGCUACCUCUCCUCCGCCCGCUGCUUCAGCUCCGCCACCGUCCACUCCUUCCGCGCCACCGCCAGCUACACCCCCUGCUCCACCGCCGGCGACUCCUUCGGCUUCUCCUCCACCCCCAGCUACGCCUUCUCUGAGCCCACCUUCUCCUUCCCCUCCGUCUUCUUCCACGCCGUCGACUUCGCCACCACCGGAAUCUCCGGCGUCGCCUUCUCCACCGUCCAGUAGCAACUCUCCACCGAGUCCGCCGAGUCGGAGCUCGCCGCCGCCUCCGUCGAGCUCAAAUUCGCCUUCGACUCCGAAUCGAAGUCCCCCACCACCGUCGUCAAAAACGCCGCCGUCUCCGUCUUCUUCCUCGUCCUCGUCGAGUAAUAUAUCAACUGGCGUUGUUGUCGCAAUCGCUGUAGGGGCUGUGGCGAUCCUUCUUGUAUUAAGUAUUCUCUGCGUUUGCUGUAGAAAGAAAAAGAGAAGACGCGAUGAGGAAUACUAUGUGCCGCCGCCGGUACCUCCUCAGGGACCCAAAGUUGAUCCAUAUGGUGGCCCACAGCGUCAAUGGCAACACAAUGCUCCCCCUCCUUCAGAUCAUAUGGUCUCAGUAAUGCCAAAGCCAUCGCCCCCGCCACCACCAGUUGCAUCACGGCCUGCCCAGUUACCCGUUUAUGCUCCUCCACCGCCACCACCAGCUUUCAUAAGCAGCAGUGGUGGGUCUGGCUCUAACUAUUCAGGCAGUGAAAACAUUCUCCCGCCUCCUUCUCCUGGCUUUGCACUGGGUUUCUCGAAGAGUACAUUUACAUAUGAGGAGCUAGCCCGAGCAACAGAUGGCUUCUCUGAUGCCAACCUCCUUGGACAAGGUGGAUUUGGUUACGUGCAUAGAGGCAUUCUUCCGAAUGGAAAGGAGGUGGCUGUGAAGCAGCUAAAGGCUGGAAGUGGCCAGGGGGAGCGUGAGUUUCAAGCUGAAGUUGAGAUCAUUAGUCGGGUUCAUCACAAACAUCUUGUUUCUCUGGUUGGAUACUGCAUUACUGGAACAAAGAGGUUGCUUGUUUAUGAAUUUGUUCCCAACAAUACAUUGGAGUUUCACUUGCACGGAAAAGGGAGGCCUACCAUGGACUGGCCCACAAGACUAAAAAUUGCUUUAGGAUCAGCAAAAGGACUGGCUUAUCUUCAUGAGGAUUGUCAUCCUAAGAUCAUCCAUCGUGAUAUCAAAGCUUCUAACAUACUCUUGGAUUUUAAGUUUGAAGCAAAGGUGGCAGAUUUUGGACUUGCAAAGUUUACAUCUGAUGUUAAUACUCAUGUUUCCACUCGAGUGAUGGGGACAUUUGGUUAUCUGGCUCCAGAAUAUGCUUCUAGUGGGAAACUCACGGACAAAUCAGAUGUUUUCUCCUUUGGAGUUAUGCUUUUGGAGUUAAUUACUGGACGCCGACCAGUUGAUUCAAGUCAAACUUUUAUGGAGGAUAGUUUGGUAGACUGGGCAAGGCCUGUACUUACUCGUGCUUUGGAAGAUGAAAAUUUCGAUUCUGUGGUUGAUCCAAGGCUCCAACAUGAAUAUGACCUCAAUGAGAUGGCUCGUAUGGUGGCAUGCGCUGCAGCUUGCAUACGCCAUUCAGCAAAACGCAGGCCAAGGAUGAGCCAGGUUGUUCGCGCUCUAGAAGGAGAUGUGUCUCUAGCAGACCUUAACGAGGGCAUUAAGCCGGGCCAUAGCUCUGUCUACAGCUCUCAUGGAAGUUCAGAUUAUGACACAGCUCAAUACAAGGAGGACAUGAAAAAGUUCAGAAAAGUGGCGUAUGGAGGAGGAACCAAUGAGUAUGGUGCCAGCAGUGAAUACAGCGGACCACCCACGAGUGAGUAUGGGUUGUACCCUUCUGGCUCAAGCAGUGAAGGCCAGAGUCGCCAGACAACGAGGGAAAUGGAAAUGAGAAAGAUGAAGAACAGCCAAGGUUUCAGUGGAAAUUCGUAACAACUAUUCCGUUUAACUUGUAUAAAAUCAUCUAUAUCUUCCUUUUUAUACUCCUGUCAGUCUCACUUUGGUUUCUUGACUGACAUUCUGAGUGAGUUAACUUGUUUUUUUUUUUUUAAAAAAUUGUAUCCGUAAGGUUUUUAAUUAUAAAUCAAAUAAAACAGAAGUUCCAUUUUUUCA